AUGACUAUCCCUGGCUGGCAACAGAAAGCCGAGACCAAGCGGUCCGAGGCAGCUGCCAAAAUCCCCCAGGAAUGGCAGAUUCCCAAGUCUAUCCUUGAGAAGGACUACUCACCCUUUGAUGUUCCACGAAAGUCGGGAAUACUAAACGACCGUGAGAUCGCUAUCACCGAGGAUUAUGAUGCCACUGAUCUGGUCCGGAAAUUGGCUUCGAGAGAGUACUCUUCUCUCGAGGUAACGACCGCUUUUGCCAAGCGGGCUGCAAUCGCACAGCAGUUGACCUUCUGCCUGACGGAGACCUUCUUCGAGGUUGCCCUGCAACGCGCGAAAGAGUUGGAUGAGCAGUUGGAAAGGACUGGAAAGACCGUAGGCCCAUUCCAUGGCCUGCCCAUCAGCAUCAAGGAAUCAUUCAGUGUGACUGGAAUCCAGACAACAUUAGGCUUCGUCUCAUUUCUAGAACGUCCUGUGUCUACGAAGAACUCAGCUCUAGUCGAUGUUCUACUCGCAGCGGGUGCUGUCUUGUAUGUCAAGACCAAUAUCCCACAGACCAUGAUGACAGCCGACUCGCACAACAACGUGUUUGGUCGAGUUCUCAAUCCGUACGGCAAAAAGAUCACCGCGGGUGGUAGCAGUGGCGGUGAAGGUUGUCUUGUUGCUUUGCGCGGAUCCCCCCUUGGAGUUGGUACCGACAUCGCAGGCUCCAUUCGCAUCCCUGCACUCUGCUGUGGCCUCGUGGGAUUCAAGCCCACGGUUGGUCGCGUCCCAUAUGGUGGUCAGACAUCGGCAGCUCGGCCAGGAAUGGUUGGAAUUGCCCCAACUGCAGGCCCUCUUUGCCAUUCUGCGCGUGAUGCAGAGCUUUUUUUGCGUGUCGUCUUCAAUUCGAACGCUGCAGACCUUGAUGACGGGGCUCUGGGGAUUUCUUGGCUUGAACAAAAGCCAAGCUCAACUCUGACGAUCGGCUUCAUGCCUGAAGAUCCAGAACGUCCCAUGCAUCCUCCCAUGAAGCGUGUGUUGGCUGAGGCGGUGCAAAAGCUGACUGCAGCUGGACACCGAGUGGUGGACUUGGCCAAGGAGAUGAAUUUUGUAGCCAAGGCAUGUGACAUUUCAUGGGAAUAUUUCUCAAUGGAUCCUGACCGAACGCCCCUUGCUCACAUUGCGCGAGGCGGCGAGCCUCCAAUUCCCUCCCUUCACUUCACCUACGAUUUGGAGGGAACUGGCGCCGAGCCAGAUCUCCGCAAGCUGUUUGAGUUGAAUGUCGCCAGAAAUGAGAUCACGGCGCAAAUGCGACGGCUGUUUGUGGACAAUCAAUUGGAUGUUAUUUUGGGUGCCGGGUAUCAGAGCUGCGCAGUGGAACAUGACGCAUAUGGGCUGCCAGUGUACACAGUGCUGGCGAAUCUCGUUGACUAUCCGGCCUGCGUGCUCCCGAUCGGCAAUGCAAACAAAGCUGCAGACAAAGCGUUUAUCAGAGAAGUUGAUUAUGUGCCGCCAUACCAGCCUCAAGUAAUACAGGGUGCCCCUUGUCAUGUUCAAGUGAUUGGCAGACGAUUGAAGGACGAGAGCUUGGCGCAUGCAGUUUCCGCAAUUGAGCGGGCUUUCCAGUAA